AUGGCCUUGGACCUCAGAGAUCGCGGGAGCGGUUUUCGCCACAGCGACGUAGUUAAGUUCAUCAACCAAGAAGUACUCAGAAAUGGCGGCGGCCCAGAUUUCUACGUGAGCCACCGCUCGCGGCCCUGGAAUGAGAUCGAGGACAAGCUGCAGUCCGUCUUGGUCGACAAGCAUGUGCCUCGCAACCUCAAGAAGGCCUGUGCCUGGAGCGCGCUGGCCUUGGGCGUGCGGGUGGCCACGAGGCAUCAAGAGCAGCAGGCCCGCCGCAUCAAGCGGCUGCAGGAGCAGGUGGAGGAGCGCGAGACGGCUGCCUGGGCCAUGGCCUCGCAGCUGCAGCGUCUGCGCGAAGAGCGGAAGCAGAUGACCACGCAGUUGCGCCGCACGCGCCAAGACCUGCAGCAGGCGCUGAGGGAACACGAGGCCCUGCGCGGCCAGCUGCUGCAGGCCGAGAGGCAGUCCCAGGCGACCGGAGUCAGCUCUCAAUCCCCGCAGCUCCGGGCUGACACGUGGCCCCUGACCACUGAGGAGCGCAACAAGUUGCUGGCCUCGACCUCGCAACGCAGGCAGCUGGAGGCCCAGAGGGAGGAGGCGCAGAAUGCUUCGGCAGGCAGUGUGCAGGGAGCCCAGGAUCCUUGGGCCCAGGUUGUUCAACCCCCAGCUCCCAUGCCAUGCCCCAUGCACAUGCCAUGCCCUGUGCCCAUGCCAUGCCCCAUGCCCUUCCAAUACCCACUACCUCCCCCAUGUGGGGCACUCCCAGAAGCCCAACUAACCGCUGCCCCAACAAUAGCAUACCCGGCCCCCCAGAUGCCUGCUGGGGUGAUGUAUGCACCUGCUAUGUGGCCUGUAGCUGUGUCCCAGGAAGAGGUCGCCCCGCCGUGGGACCAGAGGAUCGAGGGCCAAGGGGAAGGUCCCCACUUUGGAAGCCCUGUGGGGCACUUCCAAGAUGACCCAAUGAAUCAACAACCUCAGGAUCAGAUGCCCAGGACGCCAGAUGCUCCAGGACCUUCGUGUGAGGCUGAAGAAGGUCCAGCUCCCCAUGUGUGAAUUGCCACAAAAUGCCCUUCCAGCUCUCAGCAGCCUUCGCCUUAGUGAGAUCUCUGCUGGCUGGAGCAGAAAAAAAGAAUGAAGAAUCAGAGGAAAGAAGACAUUCUGACACACAUCUUGUAACAAGGGAGGGCAGACAGAUUUUGUUAAGCUUAAUGUCUCUGUUGAGGAAAAGGGAAUGACAAAGUUUCAAAGAGGGGUGGGAGGGUAGUAUUAAAUUUUAGGGAUUUAGCAAGUUUGUCAAAUUGCAUUCAUUAACUCAUUGAACAAGCAGUUAUUUAUUGUCUAGUGUGCACUAAGAAUUACUACUGUGUGUUGUUAUCUGGUGCACACAUUUUAACUCAAUUGGAGGAAAUAGGCUACAUGACAGGAGAGAGCCUAAUUUGGCAUACCAAUUAUAUCAGGUAUGACUUCUUUGCCUUACAUAUAGUGUGGCUUUUAAGUAAACCCAAUUGAAAUAAAGUCAAGAUUCGUUUCUACAAUUCUGGGGGCAAAAUCAAAAAUACUUUCAUGGAAGAAUCCAAAUGACUGAACUGCUCAUCACAUUAAUCCCAGUGGAAAUAAAUGAGCAGGGGCAUACAUUGUAGCCUCACAAAAGUACAAGCAGGACUUUUCUCAUACUCCUGCUGAUUCCCCCCUGAGAGGGACAACUAUUUUCCUGGUUUUCUGAAAGACUACUGGGUUGUCUUGCUACACACUCAAGCCCUCAGCCUCAGGCUGCUCCCAUCCCAAGCCCUUUUUCAGUCAAGAGUAGAUGAAGAAUAAAAUGUGCAUAUAGGGUUAUCG